AUGGACGAUGCACCGAGAGGAGAGGGGAUCAUUCCCUCCACUCGAGGCAAGCUCAUCACCGAUCAUGACGCAGAGCGAAGCGCCAAAAAGAGGAAGAAGGAAACCGAUACUGGAAAGAACGCUGCCGAAUCUCGCCUAAUUAUUAAGCGCGAGGUCAGGGACAGGCUCAGGAAAGGAACACCACUACAGAAGCUCCUCACCAAAAUUGGCGUCCACUUCACCGUUCACCACAACUCCAAGAGCGGGACGCCACUGAACGACAGGGAGCUGCUAAGACGCUUUAAGCGCUUCAUUGACAAGACGGACAGCGACAACAUUGAGGUUCUCCUGUCGAACUUGUCCAUCUACGAUGCUCUCGAGAAGUACAAGCGAAGGAAACCCAAGCUGCCCCACUCGGACGAUCCCAUCGACGAUGUCGUACAGCUGUUCAAGUACCUGCAACCCGUCCCCUCCGUCAACGGGGCGUCGAACAGGAUCAUGGUCGUGAGCGGUGCGGGCAUUAGCGUGUCGUGUGGAGUGCCCGACUUCCGUUCGCCCGGAGGUCUGUACGAACGCAUCAAGCGGGAGAUGGGGCUGACCGACCCGCAGGCCAUCUUCGACUUUGAUCUGUUCAGGAGCGAUCCCACUCCGUUCUACUCCCUCUGCAAGGACCUCUUCCCCAAGGAAAGCCUCAACCCUUCGCCCUCGCACUAUUUCAUCAAGCUGCUCGAAGACAAGCACAAGCUGUUGCGUAACUACACGCAGAACAUCGAUACGCUUGAAUGCAAGGCCGGUCUCAAGCGUAUCAUGCACUGCCACGGUUCGUUCGCUACGGCUUCGUGCAUCCAGUGCGCCCACAGGGUCGAUUGCUCCUCCAUCAGGGAUGAGGUGUUGGCAGACAAGAUACCCAAGUGCCCCAAGUGUCGCAUCGACAAAAAUGUGAUGAAGCCAGACAUCGUCUUCUUCAACGAGCCACUCUCCAAGAAGUUCGAUCUCUCGCUGGACAAGGAUCUGGACAAGGUCGAUCUGCUGGUGGUUAUGGGCUCCUCUCUGCGCGUACAGCCGGUGUCUAUCAUCCCUGAGGAAGUGCGCGAUGCCAACUCGGAAGUACCACAGAUCCUGAUCAACAGAGAGCUCGUGGGCGAACCCGACCAGUUCGACUACUUCCUCCAGGGUGAGUGCGACUCCAUCAUUGUAGAGAUCUGCAAAAGACUUGGCUGGACCCUCCCCAUUCCGCUCAUCACGGCGCCGCCCACGCCGCUGCGUUCGGCUUCAUCGAGCACCACCGUCACACACUCCUUGAUCUCCUCUACGACCUCUCCCGGUCCGACGACGAUCGUCCAUCGCAGCUCGUCAUCGUUCACGGCGACCACGUCCUCUUCCUCUGCAACCACCACAUCGUCCACCUCCCUAUCCGUUUCUUCGUCUUCUCUGAUCGUUGUAGAUUCUCCGCCGACUCCGCCCCUCUCGCACGAUGAAGAGGUGAACAACGGGGCCUCUUCAUCUGCCAGCUCUUCGGCGGCCGGGUUGGGGUCAUCGACUUCGCUCACGAUCGACGUCACCUCCAACUCGCCUCCCGGGUCGCCUCUCGCUCUCUGUCUCUCGUCGUCUCCCUCCGCGGGCCUCAUCGCCACGGUCGUCAGGGAAGAGACCGGUUCGCUCUCCAGCCCUUCGCCCUCGCCGCCUCCGUUGUCAUCGCUCCUUCAGGUCACCUCGUCAUCAUCGUCAUCUUCGUCUUCGUCUUCAUCAUCAGCUGCGCCUCCGCCUUCACCAAGAAAGGGACUGAAGAGGAUCUCGUACUCGGACUCGGAAUCAGACUGA